UAUUCAAUCCCCUCACUCCUUCCCUUAUGCCUCCAAACAUAUUCUUCUUCCUCUCACUGCCAGAGUGAUUUCAGAAGAUUCUGUAGCAGGUUCUCGGAAGCCUAUUGUGCAGUAACAAAGAAUUCCAGCAGUGAGCUGUGAGUUCUGUCCUUGCUGGCUUUCCCAAGUGGAAGGCCACCCUCAUCUUUCACUAAUGGCAGACUAGGACAAGCAUUAACCAGGCCUGCAAGCUUGUUUAGCACUAGGAACCCAAGCAAGAACUCACCAUGCCGAUCAAACCUGUUGGGUGGAUAUGUGGGCAGGUGUUGAAGAACUUUUCUGGAAGAAUCGAGGGGAUCCAGAAAGCAAUCAUGGACCUUGUAGAUGAGUUUAAAGAUGAAUUUCCUACCAUCCUAAGAUUAUCACAGUCUAAUCAGAAAAGAGAACCUGCGCAGAAAACAUCCAAAAUCAGGAUGGCUAUUGCUUUAGCUAAGAUCAAUCGAACAACAUUAAUUCGUGGAUUAAACAGCAUAUCCAGAUCCUCCAAAUCAGUGGCCAAACUUCUGCAUCCUCAGCUUGCAUGCAGACUUUUAGAGCUAAGGGACAUAUCUGGUCGUCUGCUGAGGGAAGUUAAUGUGCCAAGGCAACCCCUAUAUAACAUGCAGGUCAGAAAGGGUUCUUUGUUUGAAAUCAUCUCCUUUCCAGCAAAGACUGCUUUAACUAGCAUAAUAUAUGCUUCAUAUGCAGCACUAAUUUAUUUGGCGGUCUGUGUUAAUGCUGUGCUGGAGAAGAUAAAGAACAUCUUCCAGGAAGAAGAAUCCAUAAGGCAAAACAGAGAGCAGAGUGAAAAUUGUAGAAAAGCCUUUUCUGAGCCUGUGCUUUCGGAGCCUAUGUUUGCUGAAGGUGAAAUCAAAGCAAAACCUUACAGGUCACUGCCGGAGAGGCCAGACAUUUCAGAUUACCCCAAGCUUCUUGCUAAUAAGCAGAGUAAUAAGAUCCAAGUUUUACAUUCUGUGUUUGACCAAUCAGCUGAAAUGAAUGAGCAAAUCUGAAUACAGAUAUCACUGAACAGAACCUAAGAGUUAUCUAUUUAAUGGCACAUUUCAUCUGACAAAACUCAGAGUCUAGUUUACAUAUUCUGAAUUGCUCUGCUUUCUUAAAAAAAAGAGAAGGGGGCUACUAUUAAAAUGUCAUUUUCUAGUAUUUACAUGAUAGAGUAAAUAAAAUGAGUAUUGAUGUGGAAUA